CGGCUAGAUCGAGCUCGAUGGCAACGUCGCAGCGGCGGAUGGGCGGCUCGAGUCGCGCUCGACGAACCCGCUGCCGGGUAUCCCCACCACGUCCGGCCGAAAAUCGCGCGAGUGCGGCCUCGCGGACCUCGUGGUGAAGCUCGAGCCUCCUUUCCUCAGACACUGGGGAUCCGACUCGGCCAUAUUGGAAUCAAUUGGAUGUCUCUGUUACACAAGGGCUCAAGAGUAGCCAGGAAAAUAACGUCCGAUCCUCGAUUAAGGAAGGACAACGAGCCGCCCCGCGCAACCGCAUCAUGGAGAACACUUACAGCAUAACCGUGACCAACAAGUUCUCUCUGGCCCUCGACGAGGACGAGGAUCCCCUAGAGAUUCUUAAGCUGCGCGAGCAGGAGAAGGAGGCUAAAAAGAAGGAGAAGCUCAACGAGAAGGAGAACAAGAGCAAGCACCAGCAAGAAGCCGGCCAGACCCAGCAAAAGACCCAGCAGCAGCAGCAGGCAACCAAGGUCCAGAAGCCAAGGCCCAACAAGGAGAACCAGCAGCAGCCCAGGAAUCUCGACGCCAAGAAGGAUCAAGGGGACAAGAAGCCUACUCAGCAGAAAUUUGGCGGUGAGCGCAAUGUGAAGUUCAACACCGAGUCCAGAGAGGAGCAUAACAACAGGCGCAACCGCGAGGAGGGGGACAGACCACCUCGUAUCCAGAAUGACUUCAGACGUGGUCCACCUGGAGAGGGCCGAGAGCAGCGCGAACCUCGUGAACCUCGUGAGCCAAGAGAGCCUCGCGAGCCUCGUGAGUUCCGCAACUCUGGCGACCGUCCUGACUAUGGUGAGAGGCGCGGACGCGGUGGCGGCCGAGGUAUGGGCCGAGGCCGAGGAGGCAGCUACCGUGGUGGAGACCGUGUAGGUCGUGGAGGCUUUGACAACCGCGGCAAGCGCGAGUUUGACCGUCAAUCUGGAUCCGACAAGACCGGAAUAAAAUCAAUUGACAAGAAGGAUGGCGCUGGCAGCCAUAACUGGGGCACUCACAAUGAUGAAAUUGAAGAAAGCUUGAACCAAGCGGCCGAUGAUGCAUGGGUUACCGAGAAAAUUGAUGUCGAAUCUAGCCCUAGCGCUAACGAGAGCAAGGAAAGCGUAGGCAGCGGUGGCAACGCCGGCGAUGGCACCGAAGGUGGCCCAACUGAGGAGAAGCCAGCCGAGGAGGAGGCUCGCGAGCUUACUCUUGAUGAGUGGAAGGCUCUUCGCCAGAAUCGCGCUAAGCCUCAGUACAAUCUGCGUAAGGCUGGCGAGGGCGAAGAUCUCUCACGCUGGAAGAAAAUGUACGCUCUCGAGCGUAAAAAGGAAGGCGCUGAGGAAGAAGAAGAGGAUGAGGAAGAGUACGACGCGGCUGAGUAUCCGCAGCGCGUCGGACGCCAGAAGCAUGUCCUCGACAUUGAGAUCCAAUUCAGCGACUACAGACGCAGUACCGGCGGUGGACGCGGUAGAGGAGGUCGCGGUGGACGUGGUGACCGUUCCAUGGGUCGUGGUUUCGGCAACCGUGGACCACCCCGUGGCGAUCGCGGUGCACCCGACGCUACUGGCGAAGUUCGUGCUGCUCCAGCUGAGCAAAGGUCGCCACGCGAGCGUCAGAACGCUCCCAAGGUCGAUGAUGAGCACGACUUCCCCGCGCUGGGUUAAGAUCCCAGUGAUUUAACAGCCCAAACAUAUACCACCGCUAUCCAAUUGAAUUAUGAAAAAAGAUUAAAAACACCGUUUCAACCACGAUCGACACUCCAGUUCUUCGAUUAUCAUUAACAUUGCUACAGUUGCUGCUAUCGCUACUCCCGUUGCUGCUACUAUCAGCGGUUUCGUCUUCAUAACAUGAUUGUUGUUAAGACAUUAAUACAGUAACAAGAGACACCAAGAUUCAUAACACAUAUACAUACAUACCUAAAAACCGAAUAACACAUACAUGCAGAACAAUACAAACACUCGCAAAGAAAGUUACGUACGUAUUCAGUUAAGAAUAGGGAGAGAAAAUCGAAAAUAAUGAGUCUCUUGGCUGCUUUAGAUUUUUUGAACAAAGAAAAGUUUGUCUGUAAUAAUUAACGUUUAACGGUUAAUAAAUUUAAAGCAGCUCAAGAGAUACCGUGUCGCCCUCUUAAUUUUAAUUUUUUUUUUCUUGUCAAACGCGAUUCAUAUCGAUGGACGGCCUAUACUAGAGGAGGCCAAUAAACGACACUGCAUUGACGAUUUAUUAGCAUGACCGACGCCGUGUGCGGUAAAAUACUUUUUCCUCUAGGCGAUAAAUUUUUAAAACCUUUGUUUUAUAAUUUUUAUACGGCACAUUCUGCGCUCGCGCAUGUGCGCAGAGAUGGAUAGCAAACAAAAAGAGAACGAUCGAGAUAAAGGGGAUAAGAGGGUAAAGAGUAAGAAGGAAAGGAAGAGAUUCGCGUAGACAUAGGUGUUUAACCUUCGGCUCUUGCCCACUUUUGUAAUUUAAAAACUAGAGGUCGACAAAAACACUUUUAUUUUUCACGAUAGCCGAGUCGUGUUGCGAGUAGCUUUGCGAUGUAUCUUUUUCUCUGUCAUAGUAAACAAAAAAAAAAAGGAGUUCGCGUUGCCGAUAGACCAAUCCUCUGUCAAAGCGUUUUCAGUCAACGAUACGAGCUCUGGAUCUCCAAGAAAGACAAAGAAAAUACACUACCCAGUGAGAGAUAAGAAUCGAGGUAAACGACAGUUACAAGAAUAAAAGUGAUACACAUGAAAAAAUACACUUUAAGUCCAAAACCACCAUCGAUUACAAUAUAUGUUAUAUUUACAUCGAUCGAUUGUCAUAUACAUACUUCAAAGUAUCGAAACGCUCUAUAUUAGUAACCCACGACGUUUGUUAUAUUAUUACUUUAAAAGUAAAGAAGAAAAAAUAGCUAAAAAAGUUUUGAAAACUCUUAAAUGCAAGCCCCAAUCUCCUUCAUCGAGAUGAAUAAUGUUACAAUAUAUUUGAUGCUUAGGUAAAUGUGUAAAUAACAUAAUAUUUACAAAGUAUAAAUUGUAACAAACUAUGCUAGAUUCGUCAAAAAAAGUAAAACGGAAAAUAACUUAAAAAGAGUUUCUUCAAUUAAGUCUGAGAGGAGUUUCUUCGUUAACUUGUCUUUCUUAUAUUUGCCAUACUUAAUAUGCAAGUCGCGGAUUUUCUCGUCCUUUUCUUCUCGCGCUCACAGUGCGCAGGCAUAAAAAGAAAAGGAAGAGCGUAGUAGUAACUGUGCGUACCUGAAAAGUAUUGAUAAAUGCGAUAAUAUAAAAGUCGUAUAAGAAAAAUUGUUUGAGAGAAAGAAACACAAAAACUACACGCUCGUUUAAAACUCUUCGUGGCAAGAAACAUCGGUUGAGUCGGAUCAGAAGGAACGAGAGAAGAAAUUAGCGGUUAUUCGAAUGUAAUGACGAUUAUUUUAUAUAAACUAUCCUUGAAAUAAAGAGGAGAAGAAAAAAAAUUA